UGGAACAGGUGGAGAGAUUGAGAGAUUAUCAUUUAGAAAUGAUGAUUUGAAACGUCAAAUUGCUAUUGCGAGAAAAGAAUUAAAAAAUCUGAGUAAAACUUUUGAGGUUCUCAAGCUUUCCAGUUUGCUAAUGUCAUACAAGCUAAAGCUCCAUUUGGUGGCAUUGCUUACCAUAUAUCUACCUAGUGAUGGAAGCUGAAACUGCUGAUGUACCAUAUAUCUGGUUGUGGAAGGGCUAAAUAUGGAGAAGUUAAAAAAAGUGCAAGAGAAGGAACUGUUCAAGAUCCAUCACUUACUGAACAAUGAAUUAGGUGUCCUACUGGAUUCACAUGCUGAUUGCUCAACUCCAAGGAAAGAAUUACAGGGAUUAAAGAAUGAGAGAAAGAGUAAAGAAGAAAAGUUGUUUUUUGAAAAUAAAAAUCAUAUACAGAAUAAUUCUGAUAAUAAUGCCGGUAAAGAUGUCUUUACACUGAGGUGUAUUGGAAAAAUUCACUCUUGGUUCAAGACUAAAAAUGGAACUCCUCGACAACCUUCAGUGUGUGAUUCUGCAAGAGCCAAGCUCGUAAUUGAUAAACAUGUCUUCAGUAAUCCUGAACAUGCACUACAAGGGAUAGAAGACUUCUCUCAUAUCUGGAUACUUUUUAUGUUUCACAAAAACCAAUAUUCCAAAAAAAAUGAAAUGUUUAUGAGAGCUAAGGUUCAUCCUCCAAGACUUAAUGGAAAAUCCAUGGGAACGUUUGCUACAAGAUCACCUCAUCGAAUAAAUGCCCUAGGACUAACACUAGCUAAACUAGAAAAAGUUGAAGGAGAAAUAUUGCAUGUAACAGGGGUAGACAUUCUUGAUGAGACCCCUGUAGUUGAUAUAAAGCCAUAUAUCCCAGACUAUGAUACACCUUUUUAUCAAAGUAUGGUAAAGUCCAGUGUGAUAUUAAAUAGUCAGCACCAAAGUUCAGAAACAAGAAGUGUUUCAUAUGGUGAAAAACAAGAAUUUGAUUUAACUGCUUGUCAUUUACCAGCAUACUGCCUUCACAAAAAUGAUUUAAAUGUCAACACUAACUACCCAUUCAACAAACAUCUUGAAUUUCCAGAAAAAGAGUGCAAAGACAAGAAAAGCAAAUUUCAUAAAGACAACUUUCCUAGCAAAGUCGAUUUCUCUAAUAGCAGUGAGCAGGAUUUUGAAAAGAAAUGUAAUAAUGUUUUGGAUCUCGAUAGCAAGCCAACAAAUGAAAAACUAAACUGUGAUAAUGUUCAUACUUUGUCUAUUAAUAAAACUUUAGGUAACAAAGGAAUAGAUUAUCCAGAAAAUACAGGAUAUUUUUUAACUUCAGACAAGCACCAUGAGAUCAAUUCCCAGGAACACUGUUCCUUACAAUAUAAAGUUCAAGAUGGUACUGUUGCUGAUGUUGUGACAACUCAGGGAAUUCCUCUUCAAUUAACUGAAACAAGUUCACAAUCUCAAAUACCAGCAUGGGUUUGUGGUGACCAUGUUCCUGAAUUAGCUGUGUAUUUUACCCAACGAACUGAGAAGAUACUAGAUAACUUUCACACUUACAGUGCCCAUUCUUCUACAUGUAACUACUGUCUGAAGUUUCUUUCUGGAGCUGUCGAGCUUAAAAAAGUCAUUACUAGUAUACUUAAAGCAGAUCCACGAUCAGUCUAUAGAAGGAUGCAUUGUACUGAUAGAUUAUAUUUCUUUACAGUAGAUACUGCUCAUCUUACUUGUUGGUUUGAUGACUCAGAUGCAUUUGUUGAAGUGGUUAACAUUAAACCUUUGGCAUGUGCACCAACACAAUCGACAUGAGAUUGUAUAACUACAGUGGUUAAAAUUGGUCUAGAAUAAAAGUGAAUUGUGAUAUUUCUGCCAUUUAACACAAAAGUAAGAUAAAUAAGUUAUUCAGUAGAAAAUGUUAUAAUUUUGGCUUCCCUAAUUGUACAUAUAGAUUUUUUCAAUCAAAUCCACUAGUUUAACUAAAACAUUAUUUAACUGAGUUGCCUAAAAUUUUAUAAUGCCUUUAAAAAUGAGUGUCUUGCAAAAACAUUAUUAGUAUGACCUCAACAAUCUUUAACCUGUACAACUAAAAAAAGUUGAGUUUCUGUAAAGUCAAAUUUAGAUUUAUGCCAUUUAAAAUAAAAAUUCUAGUUUACCACUGGUGGUUUUAGAAAUAAAAUAGUCUUAUACUUUGUAGGACUAAAAUUUCUUGUUGACUGCUCGUACCUUUGAUCCUGGGGUGGAUUUAACAAAAGCCUCAGCAGUGUCCAAAACACUGUCCACUUCUAGAAACAACUGUAGAGUAAUCAAUAAGAUAUUCCAACCCUACAACACCUAUGCUGCCUAGAUUUAAAUAGCACUAAACCCCUUCUUCAGUUUGCAUUAUUUGUCUAAGUUUCAUGCUUUUAGCAAAUAGUUUAAAAAAAAAAUGUUUGCCAAAUAAUUGUAAUAUUCCAAGCAUGAUUAUAGAAAGCACAUCUCAAUUUAACGGUAAGUAAGCAGGUUGACAAUAACUAUUCCAAGCAUGAAGCAUCAUUUUAGUGAGCAAAUUGAUUUAUAUAAUACAAAGAAAACCAAGUUUACCAACCUCAUUUGUUUUAAAGGAAAUAUUAUCAAGACAAGUCCUACAUUAACUUGAAACCUUAAACAUGAUAAAUCAUCUUUGAGUCAACAUGUGCCUGUGAUGUUGAAAAUAUUUUUAAUGACUAAACCAAAUUUUGUAAAUAAUUACUGUACAUAUGCAUACUCAAUUUAUAAUUAUAUUUAACUUUUAUAUUAGCAAUCAAUACAGCCAGAAAUUCAGUCAUUAACCCUAUGUUGUGAGGUCAGUCUAUAGAACAAAGCUUGUACUUGAUAAUUAGUUUACUAUAAUUCCAAUUUAAUUAGUGCAUCUUAAUGAAAUGUGGUAAGUGUUACAUGUAUUUAGUACACAAAAAGAACAGCAUUUUGAAUAAAUUAUUUCUACUGAAGAUUUAUCUCUGAAUUUAGUUGGUUUACGUGCAAAGUGAUUUUCAUGUUAAGAAUAAAAAUACUUUUGAUCUUAUACUUAUCACAUUUAAUGUGCAUAAUCUCUAGUACCUCCUAAAUCAUUAUUAAUUUAUAUUUUAUCUAUUUUCUCUGCCCUAAUGACAUGUGGGCUUGAUUCAUUUAACCGACCUUGUAACCAUCACAAAGAAUAAAUUUAAAUUACCCCUUUUUUCUUUCUAGAAUGACUGCAGGUUCUAACAGAUCACAAUUAUCCUAUACAGCUUCAGACUUGUAACAGUUUACAUCUAUUUUAAUUUGUUCUAUUGCUCUUUGAACCAUGUUUGAUUAAAUCUAUGUAACAAAGCUAUAAAUCACUUGGUGAGUGAGUGGAUUAAGUUAUGGUAAACCAAACACUCAACUUUGUAAGAACCUUACAUUUGUACCUGACUGAGAAAUUUAACUUUUUUUCUUCAUACAACCUAAAAACUUUAUAUUUUAGUUACUUGUAUAACAAUAUACAUAAAAAACCAGAAAUGUAGUACUUACAUCCGUUUUUUUUCUCGGUCCUGAAUGAAACUUAACGCUAGUUUUUUGUAACAAUGGUAGUAAUAUAUAAAAUGAUUUAUAUUUAUUUAAAAUACAAAGUUAUUAACACAAGAAAAAUGCAAUGACCUAAAACUAUUAUAAUUUAAUUGGCUUUGUAACUAAACAACAAACAAGUUAAACUAAUGCCAUUAUAAUAAUGCUGGUAUAAUAGGUGACUUCCACCAGGGAUAGAAAUAAUGAAAUAAAAUUACAUUCACUGAAGGGAAAGCUAUCGGGAAGAUUACAUUCCUUCAUUAAUUGUUGUUAUUUAAUCUAUGUGAUAUGUUCACUUUCAUUGGUCAAAAC